AUGAAUGCUCAGCAAAAUGUGGAACAAGUCCAGCAACUACAAAGGAAGAAUAAAGGGGUGAUCAGGCUACUUUAUGAUCACAUGAUGGGAGAUCAACAAAAGCCAAUAUGGACCUGUCUUAUGUUCAACAAUGCUGCAAGGCCAAAAGCAUAUUUCACAAUGUGGAUCAUGAUGAAUCAAAGGCUAGUAACAGUGGAUAGACUGGCACAGUGGGGAAUUGAAGUAGAGAAGACUUGUGUGCUGUGCAAGAAUGAUGAAGAAACUGCAGAGAAUUUGUUUAUACAAUGUAGUUUUGCAAGAAGACUAUGGGGGAGACUGUUAAGUUGGAUAGGAAAGCAAACUGAUGUUCCAAUGACCUGGGAGCAUUUUGUUCAAUGGUGCAUUCUACAUGGAAAAGGAAAGAGAACAGAAGCACAGAAGUUCAAGACUAUACCUGCUGAAGGCAUCUAUGGACUGUGGAUGGAGAGAAAUAGUAGAAUCUUUGAACACAAGAGUAGAAAUGAGGAUCAACUUGUUAAAGAGAUAGCUACAAAACUAUUGUUAGAACCUCUUCUAGAUUGA